AUGGCAGCUCCACAACUGAUACGAGCGCUUCUACUGGUUAUUGCGAUUGGAUUGGAAUGGGUGCCCCAGACAUCUGGCGACUGCACCCUUACCAGGACAAUGAUCGAAGGCACCAAUCGAAUAUUCACUAAUCGUGAUGCCGCCAGCAACUACGAACUAAAGCGGGCUCAGCGAGUCCGUACCGGAGAAGUACUCCAUAUGGUCUGCAAAGACGAUGACAUCGUCCAGACCACCUGCACGCAACACAGAAACUUUAGUCGUCCAUUUCCCAUGCGCUGCGCCCGUCCCAUAGCACCCUCGGCCACAAUAGUUACAGAUGCGUCCUGUUCGGCUACCAUGUACUCCGUGGGCUACACCAUCAAGAACCGUCACCUGGAGCUAUACAGAGCUUGCUACGAUCGCACCCUUGUGAAAGCUUUGUUCACCACCCACUCAGUUUUCCAAAAGUCCUUCUUCCCUGCACGACCUUGUGCUGACUUUACUCGUGAUGGAGCUCUGAGCCAAGCAGAUGCCGAUAGUUUCCAGCCAAGCAAGGUCUUCAGGUCCUUCCGUCAAAUAUUCGGGCCCGCCCAACGCUACAUUGCUAAUGAUCGGGAUGUGAUCGUUAACCGUGGACAUCUGACGCCCUCCGGGGACUACCUUUACUCGGACCAGAUGUGUGCCACCUUUAAAUACAUAAACGUAGUUCCGCAAUUUAAGAGCAUCAACGACCACAACUGGGAAACCAUUGAGCGGUGGGUGCGAGGUCGCAUCAGUGUCGGAGGCUCUCUGAGGAUCAAAACGGGAGUGCAGGGUACCCUCACCCUGCCAGAUCGCCAACGAAGGCAGCGACGCGUUAUUUUGGGAGCCAAUGUCAAGAACCCUAUGCCGGAGUGGCUGUACAAAGUGGUGCGCACUUCCAGCAAUCAGCCCCACACAGUCUUCGUGACCUACAACAACAUUUUCGCCGCCAGUCGUCCCAACGCCCCCAGCUUCUGCCGCAGUAUACCCUGCCCUAUGACCCUGGUUAAUACUGCAGCUGCUGGCUAUACCUUCUGUUGCAACGCUACCACUUUUGCUCUUUGA